GCGAGUUGUUGAAACGUUCCUAAUAUCAUUUCAGGUCCAAAGCUGUAAGGCUGUAUUCGACAUGGAGAGCUCGUCGGUGUACAUGUGCUUCCCGUGCUACCGGGAGUUUCCCACACUGGAGGAAGUGCUGACACACCAGCUGACCUGCACCGCUGAGAACACACAACCUCUGCCUGUUGGCACUGCUGUGGAAGCUGCUGCCAUCUCUGCCGGUCUACCACAGUUGGAAGCACAGCCAGUGUAUGUUCCUGAGAUUCAGAGUGAAAGGAGACCUGUUCUCUCGUCAGAUGUACCACGGGUUCUCUACCAGUGCGCUGACUGUGAGCUCCUAUUUGACGCACUCUUGCUGUGGCAGCAGCACCGCAAGCUUGGCUGCGGCCUUGGACCCGGAAGCGGACACGAACCUGGACCAGGACCUGGGGAUGUGGGUGCCGCUUCAAUGCCACAACCUGUCGAUCAUGACCAGCCAGCCGAGUUGGAGGGAGAAGACAGAGACAAUGCAAGCGUUGAGGUUUCAACUCCAACUCAACUGAAAGGACAAUUAACAGAGAUAACUAAUGAAAGUGUUCCACAGCAGAGUUUACCAAGCCACAGUGAACCCUCUGAGGAACCCCCACCUCAUAUACCAGAUUGGACUGAGCCUGUGGAGGAACCAAGCCCACAAGUGAGACGGAGAGGCCAGAAGAAGACCAAGCCUCCCUCCAGCCUGCUGUGUGUGGAGUGCGGCCACUGCUUCAGCCUGGCUUCAGAGCUGGUGACGCAUCGGAAAACGGCGCACAACCUGAAGGAGGCCAUCCACCGGUGCAACGUGUGUGGCGAGGGCUUCCUCAACACUACGCUCUUCCUCUACCACCGCAAGCAGCAUCGCAUUCAAACGCAAGAAGACGAGCAAAAAGAGAUUGAGGUGCCCCAGCUCUCCACCACCCUGCUGGAGACUCCAGGAGAGGGUCUGCUUUUGCUUGCCACCGCCGGAGAGGGCCAGAGCCUGAUGGAGAUCACCAGCCUGGAGCAGACGGUGCCUGAGGCUGUGCCCAUCUCUCAGGUGGAGGUGGAGCUCGAUCCUGAAAGUAGAUCCGAGGUCGUUCAGUCAAGCGGAGAGGAACCUCAGGCGGUUGACGCGGAGCAAAUCGAAGAGACCGAAGUAGAGGGGAUCGUCAGCAUGGAAGAAGAGAACAUGGAAGAGGAGCAAGUUGAGAGCAGGGUUGAGUCCAUGAUUGAAGAAGUCGUCGAAGAAAAACAAGUGGAGGCGGAGAUUAGCAACGUGGAGGCGGAGAUUAGCAACGUGGAGGCGGAGAUUAGCAACGUGGAGGCGGAGAUUAGCAACGUGGAGGCGGAGAUUAGCAACGUGGAGACGGAGAUUAGCAACGUGGAGACGGAGAUUAGCAACGUGGAGACGGAGAUUAGCAACGUGGAGACGACACAGGCCGACGAAGAAGCAUCCUCAGAGGUUUCCACGCGACUGAAUUUCCUGUGUGGUCAGUGCGGGUGCUCGUUUAACACAGAGCAGGAGUUGGCGAAGCACCGCAGUAGUGAGCACGGCCUGGCCGAGGCACUGCACAGUUGCGCCGACUGUGGCCAGGAGUUCAUGAGCACCACUCUGUUUCUGUACCAUCGCAGAGAACAUCGCAAGUCUGGUACACCGAACUCCGCUUUUAACUCUCUGGCCAAACACUCGACCGCAUCCUCCACCCUCCUGCUGCGACGGCCAGAAACCUCGACCGAGAUGGCGCUCCCCGACGGCACACUCGAGGCCACAGCCAAGCUGAGCCGUGAUUGGUCGCGCACACCGCUUCCCCAUGAGUGCCCGCACUGUGGGCAGGGCUUCACACGGCGCAACCUCCUGCGCGAGCAUGUCUUUCAGCACACUGGCGAGAAGCUGUUCAACUGCAACGUGUGCAACAAGAGUUUCCCAACUCCCGCCGGCCUGCUACGCCACAGCCUGUGCCACGGUCCACCACGCGCCUUCACCUGCCCCGUCUGCCCCAAGACCUUCUCUCAGCCUGCCUCGCUCAAACGCCACAUGCUCGCCCACGAGGAAGGCACAGAGAGGAGAGGCCCGGGGCGCAGCAAAGGACGAGGACGUCCGCCUGGAGACUCCCGUCUGCUCACCUGCCCCGACUGCCCGGCCAGCUUCAAGCUGGAAUCACAGCUACAGAUGCACAGGUUGCUGCACACUAGUCACCCUUUCCCGUGCGCGGUGUGUGGACAAGCGUUUAAGCGGCGGAAAGAGCUCGACCUGCACUCUCUCAUUCACCAAGAUAAGGAGCCUGUGGUGUGUUCUCAGUGUGGGUCUCAGUUCCUGAACCAGGCGGUAUUAGAUGUGCACCUGCAGCGCUGCACAGGAGAACCUACUCAGAGGCGUCGUUAUAAAGGUCACGGGCGCGGCCGAGUCGGGGGUCAGCUCGAGUGUGAUAUGUGUGGCCACCGCUGCGUGACACAGGACGGUCUGGACCUGCACCGGCUCUCACACACAGGACAGACGCCACUACGCUGUCCUCUCGCACCCUGCAGGAAACGGUUCGCCUCCAGCUCGUCCCUGGCGCAGCACGUGGUGUCACACUGCCGCACCCCGAUGUCCAAGAGGAACAUGCCACGCCGCUUUAUAUGCGAUUUCUGCUCUAAGGAGUUUGCCUACGCCUCUACCUUCGCCGUGCACAUGCGCACACACACCGAUGAAAGACCCUUUGAGUGCACUCAAUGUGGGAAGCGGUUUCGGCAGCUGCCCCACCUACAGGACCAUGAGCGUAUCCAUAGUGGUGAGCGCCCGUUCGUGUGUUGGGUCUGCGGGAAGAGCUUUAGUGUUGCGGCGCGGUUAGCCGAGCACGCCCGGGUGCACAGCGGUGAACGCCCAUUCGCUUGCCCUCGUUGCCCUACCGCCUUCCGCUCACGCCCCAAUCUUCACAAACACCUGCGUCUGCACGCCAGCGACCCCUCCGAUCCCACCACCGAGGUCGCUGUAAACCAGGACUCGGCUGUACAGACCAUUCUCCUGGUGCAGGAUGCCUCCUCGUCCACGUCCACGAGCUCCAUGCAGUCCACCACCACCACCGUCCCAAUCAUCCAGGAGGGCACGCUUGUGCCCGAGCAGCACGGUACGUCUGUGGUGUUUCUCCAUAACAACAUUGCAAUACCUGCAGUUACCAUGCCCGCAAUAUCAGUGGUGGCCGGCCAAGAAGUCCCGCACACCAUCGAGUUCAUUAUAGAGGAGACUGUGUAGAGAGGGAGAAAAGGAGGGGGUGAAAGGAAAAGGAAGACAGAGAAAGAUUGGAGCCAUUUGUGAAAUGGUUUCAGAGACGGGCACAGAGAUAACUUAAGGUUAUCUAGGUAAGAAAUAGAGAAUGAGCCGAGGUGAAAACCUUACAGAAUAAAACCUUUUGUACGUUCCGAAGAAAAAAUGUUAGCUGUUGCUUGGCUUAAAUAGCUGUUACGUGUUUGGACUAGCAGGACAGACCAGAAAGCAUCAGCUCCGCUGAAGUUUUAAAGAGCAUUGAGCAUAGUGUUAAUGAGCUCAUGCACAUUAUCAACACUUUGCCCUCAUUGUGAUCAUUAUUAUCUUUGGCAUGAGUUUCUCAUAAAGUUUAUAAUGUGUGUGUGUUUUUUUUAAUAAAACAGUUUGACUUUUUGG